AACCUGACCUUGGGUUUCAUAAAUAUUACGUUGUUAAUUUUUACACGCAACACCGAAAAGGACGAAAUGGCCAAUGUCAAGCGUCUGCUAAGCAGUAUUUUAUCGAGCUCUGGAAAACUCAUACAGAGAAACUACAGCUCUGGUGGGAAGAGGCUUGUUACUAUGAUCCCAGGAGAUGGAAUUGGUCCAGAGAUCUCCAGUUCUGUGCAGCAAAUAUUCGGGGCUGCUGGGGCUCCAAUAGAUUGGGAAGAGGUAGAUGUGACCCCAGUAAAAGGAGCUGAUGGGAACUUCCACCUGCCACAGAAAGUUUUUGAUUCAAUGGCAGUUACUAAAGUUGGUUUGAAAGGACCACUAGCGACACCUAUCGGAAAAGGACACAAGUCUUUGAACCUGGCACUGAGAAAAGCAUUUAGCUUGUAUGCCAAUGUGCGUCCAUGUAAAUCAAUAGAAGGAUUCAAGACACCAUAUGAUGAUGUGGAUUUAGUUACAAUUAGAGAAAACACAGAGGGAGAAUAUAGUGGAAUUGAACACACAAUAGUUGAUGGUGUGGUACAGAGUAUAAAGCUGAUCACAGAACAGGCGUCAAUGAGAGUAGCAGAAUAUGCAUUUGAAUAUGCCAGAAACAACAAUAGACAUACUGUAGUAGCGGUUCAUAAAGCUAAUAUCAUGAGAAUGUCAGAUGGUCUGUUCUUGAAAUGUUGUCGACAUGUAGCAGAAAAGAAUAAAGAUAUUAAAUUCAAGGAAAUGUAUUUGGAUACUGUCUGUUUGAAUAUGGUACAAGACCCUACACAGUUUGAUGUGCUUGUUAUGCCCAAUUUGUAUGGAGACAUUUUAAGUAUGAAAAUACAAAACUAUAUGUCGGAAGUCUCAAAACAUGACCACCUGCCAGCAAGAAAUUGA